AUGAUUCGGGAGCUGGUGGAGUGCGAUGGCUUCGAAGACGUUGCAAAGCUCAAGAAUGCGAAAGAACUGCUACAGUGCAAGAUGGGUCUCAAUGACAAACUCUGUAAGAUAGGCGACAACAUUGUGUACAAGUUGGUGCAAUGGACCAAGCGGUUGCCCUUCUACCAUGAACUGCCUGUUGCGAUUCACACACAGCUGCUGACUCACAAAUGGCACGAGCUUCUGGUGCUGACCACGUGUGCCUUUCUCGCCAUCCGGGGCUCUCCGCCCGUCAACGUGCAGCAGGCAGUGGCCACGGCCCUAUGUUCCCUGAGGGAGUGCCUCACCAUUAUGGUGGGGGAGCCAGUGGGGCUUGAAGAGCUGAGGGAAGCCGGGCCACUCGUGGACAGGCUGGCCAGGCUCGCGGACACCUUCCGAAGAAUGGAUCUGUGCAUAGAAGAAUAUGUCUGUCUGAAAGUGAUCAUCAUGCAGUCAUCCGACAUUUGUUUUAUCACGGACGAAAGAGAGACAGAAAGCCAGAAAGAUCUUAAAGAACUUGAAGCCAUCCACGACAAGUACAUGAAGGCUUUGCAAGUAUUCGUCGAGCACAGGUUUCCUCAGCAGACGACGAGGUUCGCGGAACUUCUGAGUUGUAUCCCAGAAGUCCAGGCGGCAGCUAGCUUAGUGGUCCAGAGCAAGAUGUUCUAUGUGCCUCUGUUUCUCAACACUAGCCUUAAAAGUGAGACAAUGGGAUAAGACGCAUGGGUGCUCAAAUCGCGGAACUUUAAAAGAUUUUGCCUUUUUUAUAAUGACAUUUUUUACAAGUAAUAUCAUUCACAAAGGGCGUGUGCUGAAGUCAGAAAAGUUACCGAGAUGCUGUAAAAUUUUAAAGUGAGCUUGGUUUACCGGAGAAUUGGUAUACAAUAUAUGAGUUGAUUUAUACUUUUCAAAUUUUAAAUCCUUCUGUUAUUCUUUAUGUUUGUUUCUUUUAAAAAUACAAGAUGGAUGCUAAUUGAAUAUACAGAUUUCGAAUUUCAUUCGCAAAAAAAACCAAGCUUACUUUCAAAAUUAUGUGAAGUACCAGCAUGUUAACAGUAUUGAGAUUAAAAUCGCAAGAAAGAAAGUUAGAAUGAAAAUUUGACUUUUUAGUAGCAAAAUGUUUUAAAGAAUGCUCAAAAAUUUUGGCAUUCCAUAUCAGAUGAAAGUUUCCGGAAAUCUUGAGAUGCUAAAAUGAUUUACCGUAUGUGUUCAUUGGUUGAUCAAAGAAAGAUUCAUCGUACAUUUCAUAAAUAUUUCACCACAUUCUUCCAUCUGAAUGUGAGGUAACAAUCAUUGUUGGAGCUCAAAGGAGUUAGGCAGGCAAAGUGUUUAUUAUGUUUUAAUUAUUAUAAAAGUUAAAAGUUUUGUUGAAGAUCAUAUUUGAAAAUCGCUGAAGUCUGU